GGAGGCAAGUUGGUGUGGAAAGAAUAGGGUUGUCGAAUGUGGAAUGUCCAGCUUAGAGUGAGUCGAUACGUUUGAACUUCCUUCUUAGAACUAAAUUUGCGAGAUAUGUAACCCAAGGCAAAGGCAAUUCCGCAAUCUAUGCUUCUGACGUUAGUAGAUGGUCAAUUGAUAUCUUUUUUUUUCUUAAAAUGGGUCAAUUGGUAUUUUUGGUCUGGGAAAGGGGUCAUCCAUACAAAUUUCCGAAAAUGGACAUUGAUUACAGAAUGUAGAGAAACUAACAUAGACAAGUUUGAAAGGGUCGAAGUCGAGGUUGGGGGAAGAAGUGAUGGCGAAACGAAGUUGAAGCAGUGCUAAACAAAACUGAAGCUUGAUACACGAGUUUGAGAGAACGAUUGCACAAAGUUGAGAGAAAGUGAGGAGUGCGAAAGACAAAACGAAUUGGAACGAUCAUUUUUUUUUUUAAGUAGGGUAGUUAUGGUAUUUUACAAGGCAAAAAAGUGUUUUUUAUGGGUUAUUUUUUAAAAUUUCCUCCCUCCGUCGGAAGAAGAUUUCGAUACAUCGGCUCACGGUAGAACGGCUUUGAGAGGUAUAUGCUUCGAUCCUCCGAUCUUCAAUGGUGAAAAGCUUACAGGGCGGAGGGCAAAACCUCCCUGCUGACGUGACGCAGGUCAUUGAUCAGUUGGAGCGCCACUGCUUGGCUCCCGAUGGAUCUCUCGUCUCCAAACCUGCCCACUACGAUCUACAGCUCGCCAGAGAAGAAAUGUCGAGGGAAAGGUUGCGUUAUUUGGAAGCCAUGGCAAUCUAUUGUGAAGCAAUUGCAAUGGUGGAAGAGUACCAGCAGGCUGUUUCAAUGGCGAACCUUGGAGGAGUUCGAGAUGUUCAGGCGCUUUAUCCACAGCUAGGCUUGAAGAAUUCGCCUCAGGUUUAUGAGACUCUUGAACACCGAAUGGUAGUGGCAGAAGCAUCUCAAAGAUUGAGGCUUCCUCUUAUAUCAAAGGACGGUGAAAUCCAUGAGGAAGAGAUCGAGAAGCUAUCUCGAAGUUCCCUUGAUAGUACAAGCACUAGUGUUACAAUAAGCUCAAGCACUAAUUCAACAAAUUAUGCAAGUGCUAGCAGUACUGGAAGCAUUGUGAACAAUAGUCUUUCAGUAAGCUCAACUGAUACUGCAGAACCUGGAGUAGGUGGUGUUCCCAAUCGCUUUCUUGGAAUUACACCUGCAUUUUUAUGGCAAACACAGCUCCAUCAAACGCCUUCCACGGAUAUGGCCGAAUAUCAAAUGGCUCUUUCUCGUGAGAUAGAUUCUCGUCUGAAGACUAAAUGUGAUAAAGUAGCUGAUGCUUUUAUUAUGGAUGAUAUUGAGUCAUCAUCUGGGCAUCAUAGCUCUAGUGCUCGGCUUCCAGAGAGGGUUAAGUUGAUCAUCGAGGAAAUUGAAAGGGAAGAAGCAGCUUUACGGCAAGAGCUUUACUCGGCAGACAGAAAGUUCGCUGAAUAUUACAAUGUUCUUGAGCAGAUAUUGGGAGUACUAAUAAAGCUUGUUAAAGAUUUGAAGUUGCAGCAUCAACAUAAAUAUGACGAUCUCCAGAAAACAUGGCUGUGCAAAAGGUGUGAGACCAUGAAUGCAAAACUGAGUGUAUUAGAGCACGUUCUCUUGCUAGAAACUUACACUCAGGAAUCUAUACCAGCCCUUCAUAAAAUAAGAAAAUAUCUUGUUGAAGCUACGGAGGAAGCUUCUAUUUCUUACAACAAAGCAGUUACUCGUCUCCGUGAGUAUCAAGGUGUAGACCCUCAUUUCGACAAUAUUGCAAGGCAGUACCAUGAUAUUGUGAUGAAACUUGAGAAUAUGCAAUGGACAAUACAUCAAGUUGAGAUGGACUUGAAACGCUUGCCAGAUCAAUCAAGUACCUGAAACAUAUUACAUAGAAUUUAAUUCUUUUGUUUGUAAUUGCUUCUUUUUGUUGUAUUAUGAAUUAUGAUUUGCUUGAAGUUAAUUUUUAUCAGCAGCCUGUUCAUAAUGUAUUGUUUUGCUCUCCAACUUUGUCUUCUCAAAUGGAUGGCUUAAAUUAGUACCAUGGCAAUGUUACUUCUGCAAAA